AUGGAUGUUGAUGAUAAUAUAGAAAUAGUUCAUGCGCCAGGUUAUGAAGAGGAACAAGCGCAAAACGAAGCGCAAGCCACUGGAAACGGUGAUGUAGAAAUGCCCUCACAAGAACAAGAAGCGUCGACGCUAGAAUCCGGAGAGCUGAAAUCUUCACAAGACUCAAGAAAUGCCGAAUCAGAUUAUGACUCUGACGAUUCAGACGAUAUAAAUGUCCAAAUAGGCGAUGAAAACCCACUGCAAAUAUCAGAUAAGAAAAAAGACUCGGAAGAAAAUGGUGCGAAAGCGGUAGAAAAUGGCGAUGCGGAAAAUAAGGAAAAAGAUGCCGUAAAAGGGAUCGAUCUGAAUACAAAAGGAGACAUUGAUGGGAAAGCCGUUAUUGAUGUCAUCGUCGAAUCCCUUCCCGAAAAACCAUGGAGGCUGAAGGGUGCGAACUUGAGCGAGUACUUCAACUACGGCUUCGUCGAAGAAACAUGGAAAAUUUACCAAGAAGAAGUGAAGACUGGAAAGAAAAGCCUUCCACCGCCAAUCAUUCCAAGAUCCAUAGGAUCAGGUCCACCUCCUGUUAUUCCCAAAACUUCACCAGGAAGAGCACCGCCGAUUAUGCCGUCGAUGCCAUCCGGGCAAAUGCCGCCACGAAUGCCGCCUGGUAUGAUGCCUCCUCGCCUGCCUCCAGGGAUGAUGCCGCCGGGAAUGCCUGGCAUGCCUCCUGGAAUGCCACCGAUGAUGCCGGGAAUGCCAGGAAUGCCGCCUGGAAUGCCUCCUUUCGGAGCACCACCAUCAUCAGCCCCUCCUUCCGUGAAAACGGAGCGUUGA